AUGAAAUCGACGACGACGACAUUGCUAAUCUUGACGAUCAUCUCGAUCACAGCCCUGCUACUCUUCCUUUCUUCCUCACCGCCCGCUCCUACUACUACUACUACUACUACUACUCCUCCUCAACAACAUUCACCCAUCACCAUCCGCCGCCAUCUCCUCGAGUCCUCCUCCACCGAUCCAGAACAAGGGCGGGCUCCCGAUCUCUGUGCCUUGAGCUUCAAGAAAUGA